AUGAACGAUAAUGGCAAUUCCAAGAAACGGCGUCGUAAGGGCAACAAUAAUAACAACGGCAACGACCAGGACGACGGUGACAAGAAGAAGAAAGACUUGAAGGGCAUCAUCGCUUCCCUGUCGUUGCUGGAGGAGCAAGAGAAGGAAGACGAACAAGAGCACGACAGGGCCUCAAAUGACGACGCGUCGUUUAUCGAAGAGAAGCACAAGACGAGAACCAAAGCCAUGUUAGAUUACUACUCCGAUUUCCAGGACUGCUAUUCGGAGGUCGAAGAAUCCGAAACGAUGAAGCGAAAGCGGUCGAGAAGCGCGGCUUGCGCUGCGGCUGCGGCAGUGGCGGUGGCCGCCGACGAGUCCGACAAGGCGAAACCUGGUACUGGGUCGGCGGCUGGUCAUCACAGGAGGCUGUGGGUCAAGGACCGGUCCAAGGCCUGGUGGGACGAGUGCAACCAACCCGAUUUUCCGGAAUCGGAAUUCAAGAAGGCGUUUCGGAUGGGAAGGGCCACGUUCGAUUUGAUAUGCCAGGAGCUCAAAUCCGCCAUUGAAAAAGAAGACACAACUCUGAGAAACGCAAUUCCGGUGAGGCAGAGAGUUGCUGUUUGCUUGUGGAGACUAGCAACAGGUGACCCUCUUCGCCUUGUAUCUAAAAAAUUUGGUCUUGGCAUCUCAACUUGCCAUAAACUUGUUCUUGAGGUCUGCUCUGCAAUUAGAACUGUGCUCAUGCCCAAGUAUCUGCAAUGGCCUGAGGACAGUGUAGUGAGGAAGAUCAAAGAUGAGUUUGAGGCCAUUUCAGGCAUACCCAAUGUUGUGGGGUCCAUGUACACAACCCAUAUUCCAAUUAUAGCUCCAAAGAUCAGUGUAGCUGCUUAUUUCAACAAGAGGCACACAGAGAGGAACCAGAAGACCUCUUACUCAAUCACAGUGCAAGGUGUUGUGGACCCAAGAGGGGUUUUCACUGAUGUGUGCAUUGGUUGGCCUGGAUCAAUGCCUGAUGAUCAGGUUCUGGAGAAGUCUGCUUUGCAUCAGAGGGCCAACAAUGGCUUGCUGAAAGGUGUUUGGAUUGUUGGGAGCUCUGGGUACCCUUUGAUGGACUGGGUUUUGGUGCCCUACACCCAGCAGCAUCUCACUUGGACACAGCAUGCUUUCAAUGAGAAGAUUGGGGAGAUUCAGAAUGCUGCUAAAGAAGCAUUUGCAAGGCUGAAAGGGAGGUGGUAUUGCUUGCAGAAGCGAACCGAGGUGAAGCUGCAGGACUUGCCCGUGGUGCUCGGGGCAUGCUGUGUUUUGCACAACAUAUGCGAGCUUAGAAAUGAGGAAAUUGAACCAGAGCUGAGGUUUGAGCUUGUGGAUGAUGAGAUGGUGCCAGAGGUUGCUUUGAGAUCACAGAGUUCAAUGAAGGCUAGGGAUGCCAUUGCUCAUAAUCUCUUGCACCAUGGCCUUGCAGGCACUGGCUUUCUUUAG